CCUCGUUUGUAGCCGAAUGACUAGGCCUACUGAAGUCAGUAAAAACUAAAAGCAUAUUUAAAUGUCAGCAGCUCUGUCAUUACUUAGAGUAGGUUCAUGAAAUGCGGUAAAUUUGCCGCUGUUUCAGUUUUCAGUAGCUCAGCUUCUGAAUGCGCUGAAAGCGGCAUCCAGGAAGACAUCAUAGGAGAGAAAAGAAGGAAAAAAAUUGGGUUGUGAAGUGCUGUGGUUUAAAUGCAGCAUGAUGUUAGUUUGAUGAAGAAAUCAGGGAGAAUGGUGAGAAGAGGAAGUGCCCAUCUGCCUAAGGGAGAAGGAGGCGAUACGAUGAGUGUUUAUUUGAGAGUGAGGGACUCCCUGGUGGUUCUAUUGUGUGUGGCAAUAGUUGCAGUGCCAUGUGUGGUUCUGUACAGGAAUCCCCGGCCUAUAGAUCUUCUCAGUCAAUCCACAGUUAGAUGGAGGAUCAGCUACAAUUUUAGAAGACCAGAUGGAGGAGAUUAUCUGAACAGAGAAGAUGCAAAGCUCAAGAAGAUUUUAAGAAAGGCUGCAAUGCCAGAUAAUACGGUGAUCAUCACCACUUUGAAUCGUGCAUGGGCAACUCAAAAUUCAAUGAUUGAUCUUUUUCUCGAGAGCUUUCGUGCUGGUGACAGCAUAAGUAGUUUUCUGAAUCAUUUAGUAAUUGUGGCAUUGGAUGAGAAGGCAUAUGAUCGAUGCGAACAUAUUCAUGCUUACUGUUUUAUGCUCAAAACUGAAGGAGUUGAUUUUUCUGGAGAAAAGUAUUUCAUGACAGAUGAUUACCUGAAGAUGAUGUGGAGAAGAAUUGAUUUUCUGAGGACCGUUCUUGAGAUGGGCUUUAACUUUGUUUUUACUGAUGCAGACAUAAUGUGGUUCCGAGAUCCAUUUCUCCAUUUUUCACGAGAUAUGGAUUUUCAAAUUGCUUGUGACCAUUUUAAUGGGAACCCUGCAGACUUAGAUAAUAGGCCGAAUGGAGGGUUCAAUUAUGUGAACUCUAAUAAUCGGACGAUAGAAUUCUACAAAUAUUGGUAUAUGUCAAGGGAAUUGUAUCCUGGAAAUCACGAUCAGGAUGUACUAAACAUAAUUAAAUAUGAUGAGGCAAUUACUGAAAUGGGACUCAAAAUCAGGUUUCUAGAUACUGCUUACUUUGGUGGGCUUUGUGAACCCAGUAGGGAUUUAAAUAAGGUGUGUACGAUGCAUGUGAACUGCUGUUAUGGGCUGAACGAUAAACUUCAUGAUGUGAGGCUUAUGCUUGACGAUUGGAAGCACUUUCAGUCUAUGACAGUAAAAGAAAAAAGAUUGCAACCAGUAAAGUGGCGAGUUCCUCUACUCUGCAGGAAGAAGCCUUGAAUCGGAAUUAGUCAACAUCUUGUCUAUGCAUGUAUCUUUGGGUGACUCAGAUUCUGAUGUGUUGAGUGGCCUUGAGGAUUCUUUUGUCAGUCUACAAUAUUUAUGAAAAUUCAUUUUCUUGGAAGAAUUUUUUGUUGUAAAAUGCAUGCCGUUUUCGAUAUCUCAUACCUGUUGAGGCAAAGAAGGUAUGCUAGUGGACAGCAAUGAAGGAUUGUGUACGCAUCUAUUGAUAAGGGCUAAAUUGCCAUUUAGCUUUCCACCAAAGGAAUAAGUAGAUACUAUAGAAAGUUGGGCAUUAAAGCAUGUGUUUCUAAAAGAUUAGAGCACUUGGUCCCAAAUGGAAAAUUCCUUGCUGGACCAGUAAAAAAUGAAAAUCCUCGCGAGCAAAGAUGUCUUGUCAUUGUUGGUCUACUUGAAAGGAUGAAUUCUGAUUCUGAUGCCUUAUUCAGUGAAGCCAAUCACUAAAUCUUUGUAGUCACAUUUUUGUUUCCUCUUCUGGAAAUCAUUCAGCCUUGGCUCAUGGCUUCGAUGACAUUAGAUCUUUAAAUAUGCCUUUUAACUACUGAAGCACUCCAGAUCUGUAUGAUAAAAUUCUUAUCUUUUACGUGGGUACACAUAUGAAGGGUAUGCCAUUCUUUGAA